AUGGUGACAAGGUGCGCUGACGCGAUCUUCAACUUACACUGGCUUGACAUCCCAUCCCCCUGCACACGUAAUGCGCUUCACCAAAGCGCCCCGAUCAUCUUCUCCGCCAUCGACGAGCCAGGAUCCGGUCACGACGGUGUCUUCCACGCGAGCGCCUUUCUGAACGAGAUUGUCCAUCGCGGCGGCGAGUUGGCCACACACGUCCUCGAGUGUGAUGGUAUGUUCGGGUGCCCAAUAGGUGAGCCUCUUCUCCUGGGUCCAGUACCACUCGUGCGACUUGCAGACGAGGUAGGGCUGCAGCGAGGUCAAGCGCACGGGGAAAUGGUCGAGCGUGCGCUUCUGCUUGCACUGCGAGCACCGACUCAAUUCUUGAUGCGACGCAUCGUCACUGAUAGAGGACGCGUUUGA